UCUAAAACCGGGGGGCAGGCACGAGGGACGGGCUGAGCAAAGGCUGGGAGCCUAGAGAUGGGAUAUCCUGGGAUAGAUGUGGGAGGGGGGGAGGGAUGCAGCCGGGAAGGGGAGGCUCCAGGUCUGGGGGUGGGGGUGCUCCAGUAGUCUGCCCCUCCCUUCCCGCCUCCCCCCCUCCCGGCUGCAGCAACCCAGGGGCCAACGGAACCCUCAGAAGUCCCCGCAGCCCUCGGCGGCGGCGCAGGCGUGCUGCCUGCUGCACACUCGUGACCCGACCACCAAACCCAGCAAUGGGAAGCCAGUAGCUGCGCCCGCCCGCCCGGUGCAUUCCGGGCUCUCUCUCCCGCGGCAGCCUCAGCCUCCGCCCCCGCCCGGCCGAAUUCUCACCCCCCCCCCUCCGCUCUCUGCCCCCGCCCCCGCCCUUCCCGGCCGAGCCUCCCUGCUCCGAACGCGAUCGGCAACAAUGUUUACGUUCCGGGGAUUAUGACGUCGCCGCCCUCCUCCUCCCCCCCCUCCCCAGUGAAAAUGGUUUCCUAGGACUUUGCAAAACGGAUCUCCCCAAAGUGUUGGUGCAAAAAACUUUGUAGAUCUCGGCUGGGGCUUUUUUUUUUUUCGGCUUCUUUUUCUUUCAGAUUCUGUUUUUGUUUUGUUUCCUUCGGUCCUUCUUCCUUCCCCCUCGGGGCCAAAAUGCAGGGGGCAGGAGUGUUGCCAAUUAAUUGGUGAACUCUCCCAAAAAAAAUGGAGGCAGAGAAAGGCUCUGGACGAAGAUUGCGUUCAAUCAACCGUCAGGGGUAUGACGAGAAUGAGGAUUCCUCGGACGUGGAGGAGAUUGUGAGCGUCAGGGGCUUCAGCCUGGAGGAGAAAUUACGCAGCCACCAGUAUCGGGGGGACUUCGUGCGAGCCAUGGACGGCAAAGAUUUCAACUUUGAGUACGUACAGAGAGAAGCCUUGAGAGUGCCUUUGGUCUUCCCAAACCCCGAUGGACUAGGAAUUAAGAUGCCCGACCCUGAUUUUACCGUCCGGGAUGUCAAACUCCUAGUGGGGAGCCGGCGACUGGUGGAUGUGAUGGACGUCAACAGCCAGAAGGGCACGGAGAUGAGUAUGUCCCAGUUCGUGCGCUACUAUGAGAUGCCUGAAAACCAACGGGAGAAAUUGUACAAUGUCAUCAGCCUCGAGUUCAGCCACACCAAGCUGGAGAACCUGGUCAAGCGGCCCAAUGUGAUCGACUUGGUGGACUGGGUAGACAACAUGUGGCCCCAGCACCUGAAAGAGAAGCAGACGGAGUCUACCAAUCUCAUUGCAGAGAUGAAGUACCCCAAGGUUAAGAAAUACUGUCUGAUGAGCGUCAAAGGCUGCUUCACGGACUUCCAUAUCGAUUUUGGAGGUACAUCUGUGUGGUACCACGUCUUCCGGGGCAAGAAGAUAUUCUGGCUGAUCCCCCCCACUUGGCACAACUUGGAACUUUAUGAAGAGUGGGUACUCUCAGGAAAGCAGAGCGAUAUCUUCCUGGGAGACCGAGUUGAACAAUGCCAAAGAAUUGAGCUGACCCAGGGCUACACGUUUUUUAUCCCUUCCGGCUGGAUCCAUGCUGUCUACACGCCUGUAGAUUCCCUGGUUUUUGGCGGAAACAUCCUGCAUAGCUUUAAUGUGCCCAUGCAGCUGCGCAUCCAUGAGAUAGAGGACAGAACGCGGGUACAGGCCAAAUUCCGGUACCCUUUCUACUAUGAGAUGUGUUGGUAUGUUUUGGAGAGAUACGUACACUGCGUGACCCAGCGUUCCCACCUCUCUCAGGAGUACCAGAGAGAAUCAAUGCUCAUUGAUGCCUCGAGAAAACCCAGUGUAGACGGCUUCUCAUCUGAUUCUUGGCUGGAGAUGGAUGAGGAAUCCUGUGAGUUGCAUCCCCAGGAGGAGGAAAAGGAAAAGAAAGAAAAGGAGGAGAAAGAGAAGGAAGAGAAGGAAAAGGAGAAGGAAGGGAAGAAGGAAGAGAGGGAGAAGGAUGAUAGCGUGGACAGAGUACCUAAGCCGUUGGCCCCAGUGGUCCCCCCCCUCCUGCCCGUCCUGCCCGUCCUGCCCAUCCCGCCCAUCCCGCCCAUGCCGCCCAUCCCGCCCAUCCUGCCCUUCCUGCCCCCCAAUGCCACCGCCUCUCCUACCAGCAUCCCCUCGGAGGGCCAGGAGGCCGCCAUGAAGAAGCCCAAAGCAGCCGCCAUGCGGUACCUCAAAAGGACUUUGUCCAAUGAGUCAGAUGAGAGCGUCAAAUCUGCCAUGACCACAGAUUAUCCCAAAACCCCGACAGGCUCCCCCGCCACAGAAGUCUCCACCAAGUGGACUCACCUCACAGAGUUUGAACUGAAGGGUCUGAAAGCGCUAGUCGAGAAACUUGAAUCUCUUCCGGAGAAUAAGAAAUGUGUCCCCGAGGGGAUUGAGGACCCCCAGGCACUUCUGGAGGAUGUGAAGAAUGUCCUGAAGGAGCAUGCUGAUGAUGAUCAAAGCCUGGCGAUCACUGGCGUGCCUGUGGUCACGUGGCCCAAGAAGACAACAAAGAACCGCGCGGUGGGUCGGCCCAAGGGGAAGCUGGGCCCAGCCUCGGCAGUGAAGUUGGCCGCCAACCGGACGACAGCAGGGGCGCGCCGGCGACGGACGAGAUGCCGCAAGUGCGAGGCCUGCCUGCGGACCGAGUGUGGCGAGUGUCACUUCUGCAAGGACAUGAAGAAGUUUGGGGGGCCCGGGCGCAUGAAGCAGUCGUGUAUCAUGAGACAGUGCAUCGCGCCAGUGCUGCCCCACACCGCCGUGUGCCUGGUGUGCGGCGAGGCGGGGAAGGAAGACACGGUGGAGGAGGAGGAGGCCAAGUUUAACCUCAUGCUCAUGGAGUGCUCCAUUUGCAACGAAAUCAUCCACCCCGGAUGCCUUAAGGUGAAGGAGUCGGACGGCGUGGUCAACGAUGAGCUCCCCAACUGCUGGGAAUGUCCCAAGUGCAAUCACGCCGGCAAGACUGGGAAACAAAAGCGCGGCCCCGGGUUCAAGUACGCCUCGAACCUGCCCGGCUCGCUGCUGAAGGAGCAGAAGAUGAACCGGGACAACAAGGAGGGGCUGGACUUGGCCAAGCGCAGAGGGGAGUGUGAGGAGGCCGCCCGGCGCAAGUCUGAGGAGCACGCCAAGAAGCUGCCCGCGGACGCGAUCCUCCGCAGGAAGUCGGACGAGGUUCAUCUGAGGAGGAAGCGGAAAUUUGAGAAGCCCCAGGAAUUAAACACUCGGAAGCGGCUCAAGCUCGGCAAGGAGGAGAAGCUUUUCAGGAAAAAGCGGCGAUCCUGGAAGAACGCCGAGGACCGCGGAGGACUGGCCCCCAAGCCCCCGCGGCGCUUCAAGCAGGAGCCCGAGGAAGACCUGCCCGAGGCGCCCCCCAAGAACAAGGAGAGCGAUCAGUCCAGGUCCAGCUCCCCGACUGCGGGGCCCAGCACCGAGAGCGCCGAGGGCCCCGACAAGAAGAUGAAGGUGCGCCGGAAGCGACGGUUCCAAAACAAGGAGCUGAGCAAGGAGCUGAGCAAGGAGCUGAACCAGGAGAUCCAGAAGACCGAGAACAGCCUCGCCAACGAGAACCACCAGCCCAUCAAGUCGGAGCCGGAGAGCGAGAACGAGGAGCCGAAGCGCAUGUUGGCGAUGGGGGAGCGGCCCCCCCGCUUCAGCAAGGGCCUCAACGGGGCCCCCCGCGAGCUGCGGCACCCGCUGGUGCCCAGCCUGCGCAGCCCGCCCCGCAUCCCGGCGCGGCCCCCGCCGUCCCUGUCCCCACCCAAGUGCAUCCAGAUGGAGCGGCACGUCAUCCGCCCGCCGCCCAUCAGCCCCCCGCCAGACUCGCUGCCCCUGGAUGACGGCGCCGCCCACGUCAUGCAGCGCGAAGUCUGGAUGGCCGUGUUCAGCUACCUCAGCCACAGUGACCUCUGUGUCUGCAUGCGGGUCUGCAAGACCUGGAACCGCUGGUGCUGUGAUAAGCGGUUAUGGACCAAAAUUGACUUGAACCACUGCAAAUCCAUCACCCCGCUGAUGCUCAGUGGGAUCAUCCGCCGACAGCCCAUUACCCUGGACCUCAGCUGGACCAACAUCUCCAAGAAGCAGCUCAGCUGGCUCAUCAACAGGCUGCCUGGGCUCCGGGACCUGCUGCUGUCCGGCUGCUCCUGGAUCGCGGUCUCUGCCCUGUGCAGCUCCAGCUGUCCUCUGCUGCGAACACUGGACGUGCAGUGGGUGGAAGGACUCAAGGACGCCCAGAUGCGGGACCUCUUGUCCCCGCCCACAGACAACCGACCAGGCCAGAUCGACAAUAGGAGCAAGCUCCGCAACAUUGUGGAACUGCGCCUCGCCGGGCUGGACAUCACGGACGCUUCCCUGCGGCUCAUCAUCCGCCACAUGCCCCUGCUCUCCAAGCUGCAUCUCAGUUACUGUAACCACGUCACCGACCAGUCCAUCAACCUGCUGACCGCAGUGGGGACGACCACCAGGGAUUCCUUAACAGAAAUUAACUUAUCAGACUGCAAUAAGGUUACUGACCAGUGCCUGUCCUUCUUUAAACGUUGUGGAAAUAUCUGUCAGAUUGACCUAAGGUACUGUAAACAGGUGACCAAGGAAGGCUGUGAGCAGUUCAUAGCCGAGAUGUCGGUGAGCGUCCAGUUUGGGCAAGUGGAAGAAAAACUCCUACAGAAACUGAGUUAGUCCAAGGACAGGUGUGUAAAUAGUGGGCUGGGGAGGGGGGAAGGAGAGGGGGAAAAUGACUUUCAUUUCAGAAUACAUGGGGAUUUUAUUUUACACUUGGAACUGGACUCGCAGACAAGAGCAAAGAUCCCGUUUUACAAGCCCUAACGAUCGAUUGAUCCCGGAAAGGACCGAGUUCACCUCCCAUCUUGUGAACGCCCAAUGCACGCAUGGCCAGCCGGGGCACUCUGCACUCCCUGGCUUCUGUGAUGAUUCCUAAGAGAUAUUCACAGCUGGGGGGCUGGGGGUUGGGGGGAGGGAGGGAAGGACAGACUGUUGAGAUAUUAUUUAAAUUACCGGAGCAUGAGCUUGGAAGUGUACAUUUUUUUAAUUUCUACUCCUUUUUCCCAUGGUGACCCCUUCCCCCUGCCAAGUUUUUAGUAUCUUUCCAAUGGACCACAAGCUGCAUUUCUGCCACCUCGACCCAUCCUUUGUUUUGUUUUGUUUUUGUUACAUGAUACAUGAUGCAGAACUAUUUUUGUACAAAUUGUUUAAAGGUUAUUUAUGCAACAUUUGAAUGCACACCAGUGUUGUUUUUCGUUUUUGAUUUUGGUUUGGGAUUGCCAACAUUUAUGGUUUACUUAAGGUAGGAGAGAACUUCACCUAUACUUCAUAGAUAAUAUUCCAUCAGCAGAUGUGUCCAGGUCUGACCAAGCAGGCUCACACUUUCAAUUUAAAAGCAUGUUUGAAUGGGAGUUUAUAUCCUGCUUGUAUCCUUCAGAAGUGACAUAAGCAUGUUGUGGAAAAACGGUGUCAAUUAUAGUUGAAGACAGACAUUCGGCCAACUUUUCUCUGUAUAGAAUUCACCUUUUUCCCUCAAAAAUUUUCCAAUUCCAAUUUCAGCUUUUGCACAUAGGAGAUUUUUGCUCCAGCAUGAGCUCUUGUUAUUCUAUAGACCUAAUUUAUACAGUGAGUCAAGCCACAGAAUAAAUGGUCAAACAUAGUCUCUUUUUUCUCCUUUCCUUUGCAAUGUGAGUUGAGUUCUUGGUUCAGGUUUUCUGCCAUGCUUCUUUCCUUAUUGUACAAUUAUGCAUUCGUAAGUGCCAUUGUUGUAAGGUGGUGUUUUCAUAGCCCUUCCCAAUGAAGUUUUACCUUUGAGUUUGUAUAAACAAUUGUACAAAAGACAACACCACAAGCCUUUGAGGGUUUCUGUUCUAGGUGGGAAAGAACUGGUUUGGAGGGCAGACUCAUUGACCGAGUCAUGAGAGAGCAAGUACCAUUGAAAACAGGAAUAGCCUCUAGUUCCUAGUAACAGAUGACUCUUAUAGGCUUAUUAGAUGGAGCUGGAAGGGAUGAGGCCAUCUGUCAAGGAGGCCGAGUGGUCCAGAGUCCUCAUUUGGAUGGGAGGCAAAAAUGUCUGCCUUUUGGUUCAUUUCUCUACUAGAUGGGGAGAGGGAACCUCAAACAUUUCUAAAUGGUUCCAAUAAAACAAGUAGCCUCAUUUAAUUAAGAUGGGUCCGGAUCUAAUAUGGGGUUUAACAAAUCGUGUCUUGAGGUUAGACAGACUCAGGUAGCUAUCAUUCAAUAGAGCUGGAGAGCUCCAUCCAGGUUCAGACUUAGGGAGACUUGAUUGUUCCUUUCAGAGAAUCAGUUGAUCUCUUCAAUCUGGAACUUUGCCUCAGUUGCCAGAGGUAGGAAGGUUAUCAAUACUGAAUUCGUGUUAGGAAAUCUGGGUCACUGGCUUGCUAGACCAGCGACCAUGAACAAGGCUUACUUUCUGAGCCUCAGUUUGGGCUCUACAAUCUACUUCUCAUGCUUGGGGUAGUAUUCUUUGGAGACAUCAUGCAGAGGUACAUGGCACUUGUUUCCAUCACACUUAAGCCAUUUUUCAGUACCCAUUGUUGGAUAACCCUACCUUAUCAGCAGCUGCUUUGAUGUGCGGCAUGGUCAAGCGUGUCUAUAUCAGCUUUUUGUUUGUGAAAUAAAAAUGGUAAACUGAGACUUAGAUUGCUAUGUUGGUAGUGGAGAAUUCCCUCUUAUCUGUAUGUAGCAGAUGACAAAACUGGGGUCCUGCUGACAUGAAAUCGAGCCUCUUUCUCUUUGUACAUGGUGCCAUUUGCAGCUCCUUGAAUAUUAGUUUGGAAACUAGUUUGUUCCUUAAGGGCCAUCCAUUCCUUCAAUAGCAACUGUAAAGAAUUCUUUGUACAACAUACCCAAUGAGCAACUUAACCUUUAUUUAAAACUCUGCAAUGAGAGAGAUCCCAUCAGUUCCAGAGGAAGCCUAUCAAUCCCAUCUCAACCGUUCUAAUUACAAGGGUCUUAUUUAAGAGCCCAAGUUUUCCCUUUUGUAACUUCCAUCUGCCCCUCACUUUAUCCUGUGAGGUCAAACAGAACAGACUGAAUCUAUCUUCCAUGUGGCAGCUCUUUAGAUUGUUGAAGGCUGUUCUGAGCCCAGAGGCUCAGCACAUCUCUACUUCUCAUGCAAUUUGAUAUCGAGGUUCUUCACUAGAUACUCUGCAACUCACUGACGGCUUUUCUAUCACAUGGUGCUUAGGGUUGAACUCAGUAUUCCAGAUGUGUGACCGGUUGGUUCCUGCAGGACUUGGACAUUGUGCUUCUCAAUGUAGUCAUCACACUGUGGAAUUUAAGCUUUCAAGGCCACUAAAAGCUCCAGAUCUUUCAGACUGUUAUCUAGCAAUUCCCAUGAUGUAUCGAAGUUGAAUGACAUUUGUUCUUAUUAAAAGUGUACAUUUUAUUCUG